AUGCCGCGGCAGCCACUCGCCUCCCCCGUGCAGCUGCACUGCUCCGUUGGUUUGGCUUCGGGGCAGCGUGGGGGCCUCCAGUACUUAACGAUAGACGAAACGCAUGCAGCAGCAGCAGCAGCAGCAGCAGCAGCAGCAGGGACAGCAACAGCGGCAGCAGCAGGUCGUUUCGGCAGCUAUACACCGCGACCAACAACAGCAGCAGCAGCAGCAGCAGCAGCAGCAGCAGCAGCAGAAGCUCCCUGCAUUGUCUCUCCCAGUCCCCCCUUCGCUAACAGCCCCAGCAGCAGAUUGCUGCUGCUAUCGACAUACCCUGCACAUAACAAAAUAACCAGCAGCAGCAGCAGCAGCAGCAGCAGCAGCAGCAGCAGCAGCAGCAGCAGCAGCAGCAGCACGGGGGCCUCGGCUUGCUGCAGCCACGGAGAAGAAGUGCUGCUGGCGUAUGUGGGGGCCCCCAAAGCAAAUGCUGCUGCAUCGCUGUGGUUGCUAGGAGCAGCAGCAGAGAGGGGCCCCCCGAAGGUAGUGUAUUCUGCUGCUGCUGCUGCAGCAGCUAAACCAGCAGCAGCAGCAGCAGCAGCAGCAGCAGCAGCAGCAGCAGGAUUCAGCAGAACGCAUGCAAAGCAUGAGUGGGGGCCGGGGACGCCAGUAGUAGCGAGGCAGAUACUUCCUGCUGCAGCAGGCUCAGCAGCAGCAGCAGCAGCAAUAGCAGCAGCAGCAGCAGCAGACUCGCGCCUACGAUGGAAGCUGCUGCGCCCCUCCUUGCUGCCUCCCCAUCUGCUGCCGCAGCGGCUCCAGCAGCAGCAGCAGCAGCAGCAGCAGCAGGCAGCAGCAGAUGUGCUGCUGCAGCAGGGGGAGGAGUUGGUGUUACUAAACCAAAAGACAUCUGAGUUUCUAUCGCUGCAGCUGCUGCUGCGUCCGCAGCAGCAGCUGCAGCAGCAGCAGCAGCAGCAGCAGCGGCGGGUGUGUUUGGUGCCGUCCUUAUCUUUCGACUCUCCCCCUGAGGAGCAAACAGCAGCAGCAGCAGCAGCAGCAGCAACCUCUGCUGCUGCUGCUGCUGCUGCUCGGGUGUACGUACACUGCGGCUGGCAUAUAGAAAAGGCAGCAGUGAAGAGCAGCAGUUUGCUGCUGUCUCGUUUUCCUGCUGCACUUCUCUCACCGAGUUGUUUUGAUGCUGCUGCUGCUGCAGCAGAGGUGUGGGGCAGCAGCAGCAUUGCUGCUCUGCUGCAGCAGCACGGGCUUGCUGCUGCUGCUGCUGCGGUGCCUCCGGCUCCGCCGCUGCCGAUGGAGGAGCAGCAAGAGCUGCUGCUGCUGCAGCAGCAGCACGACAGCAACAGCAGCAGCAGCAGCAGCAGCAGCAGAGACGCAGAGUUUGCUGCUGCUGUUAACUGGGGGCAGCAGCAGCUAGCAGCAGACUGGCAGCUGCUGCCGCAUGCAGCAAGAGAGAGGUUGCUGCUGGAGGAGCUGCUGUCGCUGCUGCUGGGGGUUGAUGGUGUGCUGCUGCGUGUGGUGCAGCAGCAGUAUAGAGAAGAAGAGCAGCAGCAGCGUGCGUUGCUGCAGCAGCAGCAGCAAGAGUUGCUGCUGCUGCAGGCUGCGGAUGCAGACCCGCACCAGCAGCAGCACCAGCAACAGCAGCAGCAGCAGCAGCAGCAGCAGCAGCAGCAGCUGCAGCUACUAGAAAGACAUGCAUAUGAUACAAACAGCAGCAGAUGCUGCCUCCCCCCGCUGCCUGUGUUCUCUGUGUGGCUGCAUCCGCUGCUGCAGCAGCAAGAGGAUAGCUGCGGGGGCCUUCAGGGUUUGCUGCUGCAGCUAGCAGCAGCAGCAGCAGAUAUCCGUUUGCUGCUGCAUGCGCAGCAAGCAGCAGGAAGCAGAAUAGAGGAGAUAGGUACGAUAGGCGAUAGAACUGAACAGAUGCGAGAUCCGCUCAUGGGGGAGUCUGCAGACGACUGCAGUGGUUUGAGUGGGUGGCCGUGGGAGUGGCAAGAGCGGUUCGUGAUUGAUGCUGCUGCAGUGCCGAGUUUGCUGCUGCCAGCAGCGCAGCAGCUGCUGCAGAUAGGCCGCUGCAUCCGCCUGCUGCGGGAUUCUAAACAGGUGAGGGAGCCAGCUGCUGCUGCUGCUGCUGCUGCUGCUGCUGCUGUUGCUGCUGCUGCUGCUGUUGGGGUGGCAUUAGCAGCAGCAGAUCGAGACGCAGCAGCAGCAGCAGCAGCAGCAGCAGCAGCAGCAGAUCACCCAGCAGCACAAGGAUUCGUAGGCUUUCUGAGGGGCCUCAGGGCCCUCUGUCUUGGCGGCCGCGGCGAUGUCUUUGCUGCCUUUCUGGAGUCGUGCGAUCCCGCAGCAGAUCCGCUGCAGCAGCAGCGUGCUGCUGCUGCUGCUGCUGCUGCUGCUGCUGCUGCUGCAGGAGCAGCAGCUGGCAGAAGCAUCGAGGCGCAGCAGCAGCAGCAGCAGCAACACCUCAUUCAACAAAUGCAUGUAUUAGAGGCCAGGAUGGAUGCAGCGUUAAGAACCGUCACUGAAUACGAGUGGCUCUGUGACGACCUGUCUCUGUCUCUACACCCCGUGGCGAGUUUAUCUGAAGCAGCUCAGCUGCUGCACCGAGCAGCAGCAAAGCCUGAGCUGUAUGCGCAGCUAGUUGCUGCUCCCAGGGCCUCGCAGCAGCAGCUGCAGCAGCACCCUGUAGACUUCGGACCCACAGGUUAG